AUGGGGAUCGGGGGCGAGUACGCUUCCAUCCCGCGACCAAAACAGUGGGAAGUUCCGAAGAGAAAUGUCCGCCUGGAUAAGGCUUUGGGAUCCGGUCACUUUGGUAAAGUUAUGAAGGGGUUUCUGAAGACCAAACAAGGCACCCAAAUUGUUGCUGUCAAGAUGCUAAAAGGUUGGUCUAACUAUAGCCUAACUAUAGUACACUCUUUUUUACAAGAACCUUUUUUAUAAGAGCGUUAGUUUGUAGUAGUAUAUAUUGAUUGUCUGUUGUGAAUUUGUUUGCUUUCUCUAACUGUGUUACCCAUACAAUUUUAACUGUCUCCUUUACAUCAGAAAACGCAGAUCAGCAGCAAAGGAAGGAGUUUCUAGAUGAGUUGGAGCUUAUGAAGACUAUGGCACCUCACCUCAAUAUAGUUGGACUGGUUGGGUGCUGCACAAAAUCAGGU